CAGCGUCUGGUCGACGUAAUCUGGUGUCAUUGAGAGCAGACUCGGUGCCGAUAUUCUGUUGACAGCUGACUGACUGCUGAGAGACGCUUCUGUCCUUAUCUGCUCCAAAAGAUGACAAGCCACGAAGCUCAUCUCUCAUCUCCCCCGGUCCAGGAUAGGAUUCAAUCAGGGCGAAAGGGUUUGUUUGUUUGCUUUGCUUCCCAAAGUUUUUCAUUCUUCGAGGGGGAUCCAUGGAGAUCGACCAAAGUCUCUGGUCUGAACGUGAUAGUCUCCCAAUCACGGACGGUGGCGGAACUGCAAUUUUGCUUGAGUAAGUCGCAAAGAGGCAUUUUGUGAAACAGGUGAGGAGUCUUGGCGCCAGCCUGUGACUGUGGUGGCUUGGUGGCUUGUGGGCCUUGGCGUUUCGCAUCUGGCCUCGUGGCAGUUCGGAGCGAUGAGGUCAUAGUUUGUCCGCCAUUCCGGCCAGCCUCCCAGCCUGCCUGCCAGCCCCCGCCACCCUCCGCGACAAUACCCGGCAUGACUAAGGAGUGAUGCCGCUGUCAUCCCCCCCUAUGCCUUGCCCUUGAAAACAUUGCGACGGCAUCUCUGCUUCGCUCGUCUCUGAAGAAUUGCGAUUCGAUUCACCCAUAUCAAUAUGUCAGACUACUACAACCCAAACUCGUAUCCUCCUCCGCCAGGAAGCGGGCACAACCAAUAUCCGCCUCCUCCGCGAUCACAAUACGAGGGUGGGCAAAGCUACACUGCUCCACAGUCCUCGUAUGGAGAGUAUCAGCCUGCACGCGAAGACCAAUACAGAUCUUCCCCCCGUACCUCCGGCAUGCAGGUUGGCCAGUACGCCGGCGAGUACGACUACAAUCGUGAACGUCGCAACUCGGGCCCUUUUGCCGCCAGCCAGUAUCGCGCCGGUGACAGUUCGUCAUAUUAUGCGCCUCCGUCGCAAGGAUAUGACGAUCGCUAUGACGACCGCCCAAGCUCCCGCGGCUCAAGGCGUGAAAGGGAAAGAGAAAGGGAGAGGUCAAGAGAAAGGGGAGAGAAACGUCACGAUAAACACGAGGCCGGGAAGGAGAUAGGGGCAACGCUCCUUGGUGGCGCGGUCGGUGGAUGGGCUGGCCAUGAACUCGGCCACAGCAACAGCCUGAUCACCGUUGCUGGGGCGCUGGCCGGCGCAUAUGCCGGUCACAAACUCGAGUCCAAGCAUGAGAAGGACAAGCGCAAGAAGAAAGAACGCCGGGAAGGCGAGGCUUAUGGCGAAGACUACGAAGACUACGACGACCGGAGAAGCCGCUCCGUCUCUCGCUCUCGCAGGAGGUCGGGGAGCAGGAGGAGAAGUGUCAGCAGUAGCAGCAGUGAAAGUGAUAGCAGCAGGCGCAGGCAUCGUCACCAUCACUGACCGAGGUCAAGAGUUCGUGGCGCUUGUCGGUGGGUUCGGAGGAGUGUCGAGUGUCUUUAGCUGCAUUUGUCUGCCUUGUGCUUUGGCGUUUGUGCUAUGUUUCCACGCGAGAACGUGCUCAAUGACGAUUAGACGACCCUCCGCUUGUUCGCAAUUUGGUUUUUCCCCCUCUCCAAAGCGCGCUUUCUCGUUCAGAUCUAGCAAAGGGGAUCCGUUUGAUUGCGGCAUGAAACCCUUGGCCCUGAGGAAACUUGGGGAAAUAAAGUGUGGCAAAGCCGGACGACAUGCACUACCAUGGAGAGCACCCUGCAUGUCAGCGACUUCAUGUUUGUCACUAUCAAUGGUGGAGAGCUAGAAGGGGGUAUAUCUGGAGUCUUGAGUGUCAGAAUCCGGGGGAAGACGAUGAACAGACUGACCACAAUCUGGGUGUGGCCAGCAUUGUGAGCCAUUUUCCUUGAUCAAUAUUCUUCACCGAGCAUAAGGCCGUAAGGGAAUCCCAUCGGCAGAGAAAUUUGCAUCUUCUGUCUUGAGAGAAGGGCGACUAAAGUUCCGGUCAUGGUUUGAGUAUUCGAAUUGCGUCAGGCCCUGUCAUUCCCGAUAUUGAACAAGCGAGAGUCAGCUCGCACCGAAGAUACUACGAGUACCUCAGAGACAAGCCACUAAGAAC